GUUUCUGGCGGCCUUCUUCGCAUAAACAGGUGUUCGGAGCAUGGUAGAUGGCUAAUUACUGUAACACAGGUGGUCUGCCUCCGGUCUGUUAGUGUGGUAACACUAACCCUAGUAAUUUAACCUUUCGUUUUUUAUUUAUUAUUUCUCGCUGAUAUGGAAGAUAUUCCUUAUGUUUCCAAACCGUACCGCAAGCGAUGCGUGUUCACGUUUAGGAAACCGAUGCCUUCAUCUAUAAGUGCUAGAGAUGUUAACCUUUAACGAAAAUACAUUUGACCUUUCAUGCUUAACAAUUACGUUCAUUUGCAUACUUUUGUGGAAUGACAUUGGUGCAUUUCGUUAGUGGUCAUGUAUCUUAUUUAUCACACGCGCCAGCAAAAAGAGCCGACUUAGUCAUUGCCUAAAAAAUAACAAUUCAAUAACAAUUCUAAAUGCAAUCAUGUGUUUAACUGGCCACGAUUAAAAAUAGUAUUUUUUAUUUAUCCAUCUCCACUCGUAAUUAAAGCGCGCCUCCAUUUGCCAUUCGAGUGCAUAGACUAUAGUCAACGGUAGGCAGGCUGUGUCACCCACCACUAUGCAAUGAAGAGGCAAGAAGCCCAUGACAACAUGAGUCCUGCAGCUGUGCCUGUGGUCCACUGCUGUUGUCACAGGAAAAUCUGGUUACACUCAACAGAUGCAGGGGGCUUCAAGCCUGCCACCUCUGUGUUCCUCCUGCCCAUAGUGAUCUGAUCUUCCCCUAGGCAAUGGCGAGGAGAGGGCAGCGCCAUGAAUAGAUACACCACUCUCAGGCAGCUCGGGGAUGGCACCUACGGCUCAGUCAUCCUCGGCCGCAGCCUGGAAUCAGGGGAACUAGUCGCCAUUAAGAAAAUGAAGAGAAAGUUCUACUCAUGGGAAGAAUGCAUGAAUCUUCGUGAGGUUAUAUCCUUGAAGAAACUCAACCAUGCAAAUGUGGUCAAACUCAAGGAGGUUAUACGGGAAAAUGACCACUUGUACUUUGUGUUUGAAUACAUGAAGGAGAACUUGUAUCAACUAAUGAAAGACAGGUCUCGGCUGUUCCCUGAAUCUGCUGUGCGAAAUAUUAUGUUCCAGAUACUGCAGGGAUUAGCAUUUAUUCAUAAGCAUGGAUUUUUUCACAGGGAUAUGAAACCUGAGAACCUUCUGUGCAUGGGACCAGAGCUGGUGAAAAUAGCUGACUUUGGGCUUGCCCGUGAGAUAAGAUCUCGGCCGCCGUACACAGACUAUGUUUCAACAAGAUGGUACAGAGCUCCAGAGGUGCUGCUGAGGUCCACCUCCUACAGCUCUCCUAUAGACCAGUGGGCUGUUGGCUGCAUUAUGGCAGAGCUCUACACCCUCAGGCCUCUGUUCCCAGGCUCCAGUGAAGUGGACACCAUCUUCAAAAUUUGCCAAGUCUUGGGAACUCCAAAGAAGAAUGACUGGCCAGAGGGCUUCCAGUUGUCGGUAGCCAUGAAUUUCCGCUGGCCUCAAUGUGUCCCCAGUAAUCUGAGGAGUCUGAUCCCCAACGCCAGUACUGAGGCCAUCCACCUCAUGAGAGACCUACUCCAGUGGGACCCUAAGAAGAGGCCAGCCUCUGCACAGGCCCUCAGGUACUCGUACUUCUACGUGGGUCAGGCGUUGGGCACUCCUCAGCAGAUCCUGGAGCAGGGCAGGCCUCAGCCUGGUCCUCUACCUCCACAACCAUCACAGCAGCAACAACCACUGCUGCUCAAACCAGUGCCCCCUCCCCAGUCAGUGCCCCCAAAUCCACAUUUCACCUCGUCCAGGCCCCUGCAAGAGAUCGAGGGAGCCCCCACCCUGGUUCCAUUAUACCAGAGGCACACAGAGCUGCUGCGAGAGCAGCCCAACCGCAUUGUGAAGCAGGAGGAGACUGCGAGAGUCCCACAGACCCGUUUACCUUACAUUGUUGAUAAGAGCUUGCAGAGCCAGUUGACCCAGGAGGCUGAAAAUGCCAACUUCUUAAGCUAUCAGGUGAAACCUAAGGGUGGAGGACGCCGGCGAUGGGGCCACGGCUCAGGCCUUUUAAAGGGUGACGGCUGGGAUGACUUUGAGGACACAGAGUUGACCUCUCUAAGUGUUCUGUGCAAAACAAACUUUCCUUCUGAAAAACGAAGAGAGGAGACGUUGAGCAGGUACGGAAAUGUUUUGGAUUUCAGCAACCCCAAAGGUAAGGGGCAGGUGUCGACAGGUGACAAUGCACCUUUGAAUCUGAACAAGGCCAUGUCCUACCAGGAGCCUUUGAGGACAGCCUCUGCCAAACAGCAUUACUUGAAGCAGUCAAGAUAUCUACCAGGUUUAAGUACCAAAAAAAAUAUGGCAAUAAAUUCCAACAAAGACUACAGUGAAAGCAACCUCUGGGGCAGCAGCAGUAUUCCUGUAGGAGGGACGUUUCCUAGCAGAAACACUCAUGGUUCAAAUACACUUCCAAGUGGAUAUGUACCAUCCUAUUUCAAAAAAGAGGUUGACUCUGCCGGCCAAAGAGUGCAACUUGGACCGAUAGGGGACUCAACAGCAUCAAAUUAUGCAACCUGGAGGUCGUCAAGCAGAAGUCAGAUGGGUGCCUCAUCCUAUGUGCCGUCACCCACCAAGACUACACCUGGCCUACGGUCUCGCCCCCCAGUUCAGGCCAUCCAUGGGCGCACAGACUGGUCUGCCAAAUAUGGACACCGCUAGUGGCCUCUUUGGGGCACUUGUGUUAUGGCCUGGUACAGAUGUCUGUAUUCCUGAUUUCUCUUUUCCCUAUAAAAGGAAAACAUCAGUUUUUCAUAUCAAAGUAUGUAUGUGUUAUACAGCAAUAACAUUGGUUUUGUAUUAUUCUGUGUAUAUAUUGUUCAAUGUACAACCUUUCCAAUGUAUGUGUAUUAUAUGGCGAAAUGCACUCAGCAAAAAGUUGGUGUUAUCACAUGCAAUAGAUUAUUUUGAGAUUUUGUUUGUGACAAAUUCCCUACCAGGUUUGUUUAUUGCAUAGCUUUCUCACCCCCUUUGUUGCCUUUGUAGAAUGUUUGUUCCAUAGAUUUUGUAAAACGCCUCCAUGAUGUUUAAAUUACCUAUCCAGUCUUUAUGCAUUUUAUAUUUCAAAUAUCACUGUGAUAUUUUGGCUGAACCCUGUUUUUAUGUUGCCGAUUUGUCUUGUUUUUUUGUAGUUUUAAUAUAUUUUUCUUGGUGCUUUCUUUCAUGAGACAUUCUGUAAUGCAAUACAGGAACACACUUAUAUUUGAUGCAUUCUUUUAGAUUUUUUUUCUCUAAAACAACUAUUGAAUUACAUGGCUCUUUUUUUAUUGAGAGAGAGGCCCUACUGUUGACUUGGUUUAUCUGCUGGGCCAAAUUGUACAAACAUAUAUAACUGCCAGUUACCAAAUGCCAUUGCAAAAUUGUUAUUUAUGUGGUAUUGUAAUGACACAUUCUUUUCUUGAUAACUGUUUUUGGACAAGCUGUAAGGUCAUGUCUUUGACAUCAAUUCUGUUUUGGUUUUAUAUUCAAUAAACUCAUUGGUCGAUAGACUCUAAUUUGA